AUGCUCCGUCGUGCGUCGACGUUGCCUCAGCGUGUGGCGGUGCGCCGGCCCUCCCUCACUGCUGCGGGUGUCGCCGUUGUGUUCGCACCUUCUAGCAGCUUCGCGUAUUGGGUGUCUCGGCGCGACUACCAUGGCUUUCAGUUCGCCAGUUUUCAUGGUUGGACGCUACCGUACGGUGGCAAAUCGACCCGUGUCACGAAGGAGGAGUUGGAGAAUCAGCGCUUCUUCACGGAGCGACCGCGGGAGAAGUGGGACUACCACCGCGUCGACGAGAACAUCAACUCGCAGUCUGAGUUCCGCAAUGCGGAGGGGCGUGAGCAGUUCUACCAGGGGUCACGUGAGGACAACACGACAAUAAACCAUGGCAGUCUGCACACGCCGCCCAAGUACCGCUUGUACGAGUACUUUGACGAGUACACAAAGCCUGGCGUAAACACGAAGGUAGCCGCGGCGUACGCGGUUAAAGAGCAAUGGGAUGCGGAGGAGUUCUACUAUCCUGGUGAGGCGUGGCAGCGCAACCGUCCUGGGUUUCGUAGUGUGCCCAAGGAACUUCUGAAUCGGCAGACGUGGUAUCACUGGUCGCACUCACUGACCAAGUGGGACGAGAUUCAGCCUACUAUCCGUACCCGCUCCUGGAACCCAGACUGGCCGCCACCGGGCUACGAGGUGCCGAAGCUCCAAUGCAAGAAGGAGUUUUACUUUGGCAUGGAAGAUGAGGGACUCGUGUCGGAGGUGGAGCGGUACAACUGGUUCCGCUCGUGGAGCGACAGCAACAUGCGUGUUGGGUGGCGUGAAAUUCCGUUGUUCAUGAUGCUGUUGGGCACACUCUACCUCAUCGCCCGCAACGCCAUGUCGGUGACGGUGAUGCGGGCAAUGAGCAGUAACAUGUACUACCCCGGUCGCACUUUUAUCCGCCCAUUUGGUGUGCCGAAGGACUGGGAGAAGGAGUGCUUCUGGUGGCAGAGGCCGCUGGAGGAGUUUCCGAACCAGGACCAGGUAUGGUACUGGACCCACGCGCGCUUUGGUUACAUCAACUACAUUAAGCAACGAGAUGCUCGCGAGAAGGCCAUGAUGGACGCGGAGGCUGCUGCUGCUGCUGCUGCUGCUGCCAGCUAG